UGCUGCAGUCAUAUAACUGUUGUCUUACAAAUUAAACACACUACUGACGUCUCAGGACUCAAUAGGGUGGUUUAUUCAAAUGUGUCUGUGUAUAACGCACUGGGGAAACGUGUGUGUCACAACGAACGUCUUAAAUUGUCUCAGUGUUACACAAUAUCACUGACCAUGAACAAGAUGAAGAAGAAGCUGCCGGAGCGGAUCCUGAAUCACAUCCUGGAGAUUCUCUACCUGCUGACGGGAGAGCGUGUGAAUAAUUCACUGAUAGCGAGUGACAUGUCCGAGGAGAAGAUGACAACCGAGAGGAUACUGACCCACACCCUGCAGAUCAUGUACCUGCUGACAGGGGAGGUGCCUAUAAAGCGUGAUGAUGUUGCUGUGUAUUUCUCUAUGGAGGAGUGGGAGUAUAUAGAGGAACACAAGGCGCUCUACAAGGACGUCAUGAUGGAGACCCACCAAGCAUUAAGGACUAUAGAGAUCCCAGGAAAUGAAAGCUCAGAACUAACAGGUCACAGUGAUGAAAAUCUAGACACAGGAAAACAAAGAGAACUUGUACAGAAUAUUCAGCCAUCAGAUGUCUCUGCAGUUGAAAAUUAUGCUAAGAUUUCAUGUAAAACGGAACAAACAGAAGAUCAGCAGCUAAAAAAUAUAACAAAAGCUGCAGAGCAGGAAAUAUGUGCCAAUACAUGUACAGGUGAAAAUGAUGCUAAGAAUUCAUGUAACAUGGAACAAACAGAAGAUCAAUGGCAAAGAAAUAUGGCAGAAGCUGCAGAGCAGGAAAUAUGUGACAAUAAAAGUACAGGUGAAUUCACAAACUGCAAUUAUUCUAGUUAUGAUCAGAGUGCAGAUGCUUCUUUACAUCUUCUUCAAAAUCAAAGAAGCCACGUGGGAAAUUUCUGUUCCGAAUGUGGGAAAUGUUUUCUUAAGAAAUCACAUCUUUGUAAACAUCUGAAAAUUCAAACAGGAGAAAAGCCAUUUUCCUGUCAUAUAUGUGGUAAAUGUUUUAACCAUAAAAACAUUCUUGUUGCUCAUCAGAAAAUCCAUACAGGAGAAAAAGGAUUUUCAUGUUCUGACUGUGGAAAAUGUUUUACUCAGAAACCACAUCUUAUUACGGAUCAGAAAAUUCAUACAGGGGAGAAAACAUUUUCAUGUUCUGACUGUGGGAAAUGUUUUACUACAAAAUCAAAUCUUAUUACUCAUCAUAAAAUUCAUACAGGAGAGAAAGCAUUUUUAUGUUCUGACUGUGGGAAAUGUUUUACUCAGAAAUUAACUCUUAUUAACCAUCAGAAAAUUCAUACAGGGGAGAAAGGAUUUUCAUGUUCUGACUGUGGGAAAUGUUUUACUCUGAAAUCAACUCUUAUUAGGCAUCAGAAAAUUCAUACAGGGGAGAAAGGAUUUUCAUGUUCUGCCUGUGGAAAAUGUUUUACCCUGAAACCAUCUCUUAUUGCACAUCAAAAAAUUCAUACAGGAGAGAAAGCAUUUGUAUGUUCUGACUGUGGGAAAUGUUUUACUCUGAAAUUAACUCUAAUUAGACAUCAGAAAAUUCAUACAGGGGAGAAGAGAUUUUCAUGUUCUGACUGUGGAAAAUGUUUUACUCAGAAAUCAACUCUAAUUAGACAUCAGACAAUUCAUACAGGGGAGAAAAGAUUUUCAUGUUCUGACUGUGGAAAAUGUUUUACUCAGAAAUCACAUCUUAUUAGGCAUCUCAAAAUUCAUACAGGAGAGAAAGGAUUUUCAUGUUCUGACUGUGGAAAAUGUUUUACUCAGAAACAAAAUCUUAUUACACAUCAGAAAAUUCAUACAGGAGAGAAAGGAUUUUCAUGUUCUGACUGUGGAGAAUGUUUUAAUCUGAAACCAACUCUUAUUAGGCAUCAGAAAACUCAUAUUAAAAGAAAUCAGAGUUUAACCUCAGUGCAGGGGGUGAUACGUAGUUGUCACCCACACAAUACCAAGUGCUGAUGAUGACUGCAUGUGACCCCCUGGGGCGUGCAGUUUUGUAGCUGUUUGAGGUUCCUUCUGUACCUCUAGCAUUUAUGAGGUAACCCCAGGGUGGAUUUGAUUUAAAUCAAAUUGAUUUAAAUCACUAGUCAGUAAGACUGAUUUCAAUUAUGGUUUUCAUUUUUAGAAUAAGUUUCAGACUAUUUUUUUAACAGUUAUACCAGGCUAUAACUAAAUUCAUUAUAUAUCAUUAGAUAUGCAGGGAUAGAUCAUUGAAAUUAUUUGGAGGUAAACUAUCUCCAGUUUAAUUGAUUAAUCAUUCAUAUUUGAUCAACUUUUCACCUGUACUUUAGUGGAAGGGGAAAAAUUAUUACAUUAAUAAUAACAAUAGAAACAGUUUUAUUUACCUAAAACAAUAACAUUACUUUUCAUUUUUAAUGCUUGCUCCUCCCUCCUCACACUUAAGUCCUUGUGCAGAUUUAUUCCACUCCAAACAAUCUUCUAUUCAGUAAACUUCUUGAAACUUAGUAUGGCUUGAUUCUGUGUACAUAGAUUUGCAGGGGAGCAAUGGUAUUAAAUUAAUGUCAAAAUUUAAAAUUUCAUGAUUCAGAAAGAACAUGCCAAUUUACAUCUCUUAUGUAAUUUGCUUUGUUUUCUUUGUAUCCAUUGUUGAAGGCAUGCAUAGGCAGGCUCACUUAGAUGCAAUGCACUUCUGUGAGCUAGGCUGCUUGUCACUGUCUCAGCCAAUGUAUUCAGAUAGGCCCCAAUAGAGUAUUGCUCUCCUUCAACAAAGGAUUCUAAGAGAAUAAAGCAAAUCUGAUAAUGGCAGUAAAUCUGAAAAUGGUAGUCUCUAUCUGAAACCCAAAAGUUAUCCUUCUUUCCUAUGUCAUGGAGAGUCCACAACUUCAUUCCAAUUACUAGUGGGAUAUUCAAAUCUUGGCCAGCAGGAGGAUUCAAAGAGCACCCCAGCAAAGCUGUUAAGUGUAAGUUCUCUUACCCAUAAUCCCCAUUCUCUUUGCCUCUGUCAAUGGAAGAUGUGUGAAGAUGAUGUCUGAAGAUAUUUAAUCCUUUUAUGGGUACUUUUCCCUGCAAGCAAGGAUUGGGGUUGUCAAGGUAUAUGUAAAGAUUAAUAUAUAUUAUUAUAUAUGUACCAAAUGAUUCAUUCAUUCAUAAAACAUUAAAUGCUUUGACUGACCAAAUUCAAUCCUCCCCCACUUCUGUGAUUACACAGAAUUGAUCACAAAGUCACUUAAAAAGAAAUGGCCAUGUUUAUUUUGUAUAUUAAAAAUCUUGGAUACAACAUGAAGUUUCCCUUCCUGAUGAACAGGAUUCUCAAGAUAGGAGACACUUUUUCCUGAUUAACAUAGCUUUUGAAGCUCAUAGCCCUGAAAGAGUGUGUUCUUUCUAACAUACAUUAGAUCUACUGAAAGGAUAUCAAAUUGCUAAAACCUAUAGUACUCACAGGAAAGAAGACAAAACUGAAGUGGCUCAAAAACUUAGGAAAAAUCUUUGACCGAUUAUGAAAUCAUGUUUUUUUGAAAAUAUAGACUAACAGACAUUUCUAAGAUUUAUUCUGAGAAACUCGUACCUACUGGGCAAACAAUUUAAUCAACAAAAUCAAAGCACCAACACAGAAAUUAUCCCAAAACAUGGGCUUGCUCCACAGAACAUUUUUCAUACAUGUUGUUCAUUAAUAAUAGAAUUUAUGAACCCAGGGAUUGAAGGAGAUGGGAAAAAUUCUCUAUGCUGCCUAUUCUGGUGUAUAUUUUAGUGAUAGUGUUGUAUUUCUUUAGGUGAGGAAAUUGCUUUAGAUAGUUAUUUUUUUUGUACACGUCAUAAAAUAAACAUCAUACUCUUAA